AAGUUCGUAAGUUGAAAGUUCGUAAGUAGAGGAGCUUCUGUACAUCCUUCACAUUCCAAUUGCAUACUAAUCCAACAUAAUUACAGUUUACUUUCAAAUUUUUCAUUAGCAUUUUUAUAUGGGACCCUAACAAUCACGAACAACAGAACAGGAUCCAAAUUAUAUUUUAAUAUGAUGAGAUUUCAUAGCUACUAUUUACCUUCAUGAUUUAUCAAAAAGUGGUGAUUCUGAUGUUUUAUUUGUAGAUGUCUUUAGCAUGAUUUAAGUGUUGCAUUGCAUUUCAGCUAGAACUUUGGGAAUGUGUCUGCAAUAUUUAAGAUGCAUUGUUUUAACAUGGGAACUGCAUUGUUACUUAUUUUUUAGCAUUUGCUGAAAGUUAAUGCAUUAUAAACCAGUUACAUACCUAUUUGCAAAUUAUCCAUAGUGCACAGUGUUCUGCACAGUUGACGUGACUUUUCUGUCAUUUUGUUUAAACAAAAGUGUUCUACUGCUUACUUGUACAGUUUUAAAUUAAUCACAGGUCUCAAUAUAUGUACUGAUAUAAUAAGGAGCUCAGAUCAUUCCAAUAUAUGAACAUGGAGUUUUCUGUGUUCAUUUUGUAAGUGAUUCAUUACCACUUCAAGGAUUUAAAACAUGGAUGAAAAAGGAAGAAAUAAUAUAUGCAUUGAUUAUUUACAAAUACGAGGAUGCUCCACAAAGCAGGAUAUCUCAGCUCAGCUUAAACUGGAAGUCAUUAUUGUCCAAUAAGAGUUUAUGUGGAGUGUUCCUAUUGGACAAUUAUGACUUCUAGCUUAAGUUAACACAAAAACUGCAUGGAUUAAUCAUGAGGUUGCUCCAGCAUCUCUGAAACAGCCACCUUCCUGUGAUUUUUCACACGCUGUAUUACGUGGAUUUUACAGAAAAUAAUGCAACAAAUCAAACACAUCCAGUCAGCAGCCGCUCUCUGGUAAAAGCAUCUUGUUAACGGGAAAGGUCAGAGCACAACGGCUGGACUCGUUAAAGCUCAGGAAGACCACAAGUGCAAUAACAGCUCAGUACAACAGUAGUGCACAGAAUAGCUUCUCUGAACACACAGCGCAUAUAGCCUUGAAGUAAUUCUGAAGACAAAAGUGGGUCUUAACCAGUACUAGCUAGAUAUACGAAAUAAAGUGAACAAUGGGUGUACUUGAUAACAAAUAAAAUAUUUUGUGCAGUAAAUAUACAUCUAUGCAUAAUUUAUAUGUAGAGAAGGAAAAAGCAUAGCAGCUCAUUUGAAUAAUAGUGAGCCAGUUAGCAAGCCACACUGGCACUUGUGUAACGGGUAUAUGUACCUAAACGAGUCCCACACAAACCCAGGUAAAUAUUUAUGAAUGGACCAAAACAGAGCGCUGUCUGUUACCUAUCCACCCUGUGUAUUUGACACACACAGUACAGACCAAUGAGUUUCUGCCAAUGCAAACAUCCAUCCCAUAUUUAGCCAGCUGUCUGGGCCAUUUUUGAUCAACAUGAAGCACUGGCUGGUAUUCCAGCAGUAUCUGCAGAGAGCAGUGACUGAAAAAUGGUGGGUUCUGCUCUUGCAGUCGUCCUGGUCAUCAGUGGCGCCUUGCUCCAGCCUGGAGGUGGGCUGCCGUCUCGGACCAGAAGGGCAGCUCCGGCCGGACAGAGAGGUAAACGGCUCCCACUGGCAGCUCGGGAUUUCAGUGCUGCCAGAAUUAAUGAAGCACAGUCUUGCCUAGUUGCUGGUUUCCCCCAUGCUAAUUUGCUGCUUUGUCCGGUCGAAUUUCCAAUUGAGAUGCAGCAGCGGAUGAAGAUGAUGUCAAUUAAGUCUCAAAUCAGCAAGUUGUGGCAGGAGGUGAACUCCCUGGAGGAGAUGCAGGCACUCCAGACGGUUUGCCUCCGAGGCACCAAAGCUCACAGGAAAUGUUACUUGGUCAUCAAGCAGCCCAAACACUACCAUGAGGCCAACUAGGAAUGCAUCGCACAAGGGGGGACACUGACAAUUCCCCGGGACAAACACGAGAACAAGGAGCUGUGGGAUUAUGCCAAGCGGACCUCGCCGGGGACCAAGGAUUUCUGGAUUGGUGUGACUGACAUUGUGAGAGAGGGUCAUUAUGUAGAUGUCAACAGUGCACCGGUCAGUUAUUUCAACUGGGACCGCUCCAGGAAGGAACCCACUGGAGGAAAACGGGAGAGCUGUGUGACACUCUCUCUGGCCUCGCAGGGAAAGUGGCAUGACGAGGUAUGCUGGAGCCUGAAGAAGUACAUAUGUGAAUACCUCAUCCCUUAGCUGCUGCUAAUCAAACAGAUGAAAAAAUACAAAAACACU